UGACUAGGCUCUCUCUUCCUCAUACUCCUCAUAGUCUGAGGGGAGUUUGCAAAUGUUACAUUUGAACAUGUUCGUGUUUUGUUGUUGACUGCAUGAUAGAAGUACUGUCUGUUUGAAUAUGUUGUUCUGAACAAGAAAGAAUCUGAGCCUACUGUACGCUCAUUUGUCCUAUCUAAAGGCAGGAUGGAACAAAACUUUGCUGAUUUGCUAACUGGUGCAUUUUCAGAUACUUCCUUACCAUCUUUCCCAGAGGGAGAAUUAGACUUUGAGCCUUUGCAUUUUGAUGAGUACCUUCCUAAUAGAAGAUUGCCGGCACUUAAAGAGGAGGAUGAGGAAAUUGGUCAAACUAUUUCUAUGUCUGUGGGAGAUGUACUGGUGACCCAUGAGUUAAGUCUGACUGAAGAUAACACAAACAAUACUGAAGAGGAGACAGACUCAACGGAAGACCAGGAAGGAGCAGGUGGAACAGAGAGGUUUGGCACAGGUGUAAGUAAAACACCAGUGAAGCACCCGCGAGUAGAGACAGUAGUUGCGCACAAAAUGGAGGAAGAGAAAUCUGACUCUGGAGAAGACACAGAAGAGGAUAUAGGAACAGAAACCCUUUGUUCUCCUGGUAGUUGGUCCUUGGUUGUUCGUAGUGAAGAGGCAUUUUGGGACAGAGAGCAGGAGGUCGUAGGGAUAGGAGUCUCUGAGGGCCAGGCGCCAGCCCUAGAGGGAACCGAACAUCCUCAAGUUAGAAACGAGCAGCAAGGUGAAAUUCAGAAUAACGAUGUGACCUAUUUUGGGAGAGUCAGUGCACAUGGCAGGGUGAAGAUGACAGAACAUGUGUGUGACGUGCUUGAGAAUGUAGAGAUGCAGAGGGAGGAAGAAGAGUGCUCCUCAGAUUCAGAUCAGGAGGGUUCAAGCUUUUCAACUGAACCCCAUCAAGAUACGGAACAGGCAGUGAGCAUGCUCAAACAGUAUGCCGCUCUGGUUAAUGACAACAAUGAAGAUGAGACAGACAGGAUAUCAGGGGUGGUUUCUGAGGUACCUGAUCUAGCCAUGCCAGAUAUAGAUGAUGUUGUCGCCGAUGGUUGUGUGCAGCAGCACAUAGAAGACAAAACGAAGGGUUUCUCUGAGGAGGACCAUCAAGAGGCAGGUGAAAGCUUAGCAGACCACCCCUCAGACCUCUCUUCGUGUGAGUAUGUGGAGAACGCAGAAAAGAAAGCAGAAAACAAUGAAGUUUGCACAUUCUCCAGUACCUCAGAAAACAUUCUCCUCAAUAGCAACAUAACAGAGACUAAGCUGAUGGAGGACAGUGAGGAGUUUGAUCAAAUGGAGGACCUGAACCUGUGUACGGGACGGACCAAGAUGGAUGUAAAAGGAGUCAAUGUUAUCAUAACUGAAGUAACAGAGGACAGAGUACAGGCUGACAAAGUGACAGGGUAUGUGGACAGGAGCUCAGGGGAAGUACAUGUUGCGCGAGAACUACCGAAUUCUCUGUACCAUAGUCCCGCUGACAGUAGCAUUAAGACAUUUGAAUGGAGUGUUGAAGAUGAGAGCGACAGUUACAAAUCAAGUGAGGAUGAGGACCAAAAUAAGACUUAUGAAGAACUACCACCGGGCUCAACCCAUCAAGGUCUUUGGAAAGACAAGAGAGCUGGGGAUCACCCACUUCACAGAGAGGGAGGUGAGAACAGCUUGCACCACAGUGUUGAUGACCAGCGUAUUUGUGAGACAUCAUCUUUUUCCCCAAUUGUGACCAUUCUACCAGCAGAGCAGUGUAAUGCAAAAGUCCAACAGACAGGGAGGUUGGAAACAGACAUUCACACAAGAACAAACGCAAACAAACAUGGCACUAUAGACGACAGUUUCAUGUUUGAUGACCAGUACAACACCUGGGGAAUCACAGAGGAGGAAGAUGAUGAGGAUGAAGAGAGAGAGAGAAACUGGGAGAAAGAACAAGAAAGAAUCGAUGCAUUCUACAAGUUUUACAGUGAUGAAGAGCAAGACGACAUCACAGAGACAAAGACGAGACGAGUUCAGUUUUGCGUAGAUUCUUUGUCUCAAAUCUUUCAAUAUGACGCUGACAGCAGCUCCUCAGAAGUGGAGGAGGAUCUAAACCCUGGCAAUGAGUGUAAUUUGGAGGAUGAAACUCAGAUGAUCCACAACAACAAAAAGAGGAGUUGGAGCAUGCUUAAGUUCAUGUUGAAUAUGAGUCUGGUGACACUGAUGGGACUGGCUGUUUUUUGGUGGGCCAGAGACCAACUAGACUGGUUGGAUUGAUGGGAACCAUGUAUAUUCCUGCAUGUAAAUAAUGUGUGCCUGCAUGUAAAUAAUAAAGCAGUAAUUUAGUUAACAGGC